CGGCUGUGCCGUGCCUUUUUCCUCUUCUCGCCCAAGAGAGACCGACGCCAUGGCACAGGAGAACCCCAUGAAGGAGCUGAAGCUCGAGAAGCUCUGCCUCAACAUCUGCGUUGGUGAGUCUGGUGACAGGCUUACCCGCGCUGCCAAGGUGCUUGAGCAGCUCACCGGCCAGCAGCCCGUCUUCCGCAAGGCCCGCUACACCGUGCGUACCUUCGGCAUCCGCCGUAACGAGAAGAUCGCCGUCUGCUGCACCGUCCGUGGCCCCAAGGCCCUCGAGAUUCUCGAGCGCGGCCUCAAGGUCAAGGAGUACGAGCUGUACAAGGAGAGCUUCAGCACAAGCGGCAACUUCGGCUUUGGCAUCAACGAACACAUUGAUCUUGGCAUCAAGUACGAUCCAUCCAUCGGCAUCUACGGUCUGGAUUUCUACGUUGUCAUGGGCCGCAAGGGCUUCCGCGUCGCUCGUCGCAAGCGCAAGCAGGCACGCGUUGGUGCUCCCCACCGUAACUCCCGCGAUGAGACCAUGAAGUGGUUCCAGCAGAAGUACGACGGUGUGCUGAACACGGGCAAGCCCAAGAACGUGUCCCGCAACCGCCCCCACAAGAAGAAGAGGAGGUAAACGAUAACCACAAGUCAAGCCCACGCCCUCUGCUGCCCAGUCUCCGGCUGCGCGUUUGUGUGUCGACGUUUGUCUUUUCCUUCCAGUUGGUGUCACCAUCGCUUCGCUUCUGGGUGGCGGCGGUUUGAUUGUUGUGUUCAUUAAAUGCACAACAUCCUCA